UGAUAUCCUGGUGCGUCAGAUGAAAUAUGCCCCAAAUAAAAUUAAACGGCAUUACUGUGGACUUCCCGUAUCAACCCUACCAAUGCCAGGAAGCGUACAUGUCCAAAGUGCUGGAAUGCCUACAAAAGCAAAUGAAUGGGAUUUUGGAGAGUCCCACUGGGACAGGGAAGACGCUGUGUCUCCUAUGUGCAACUCUGGCCUGGCGGGAGCACUUAAAAGAUGCCAUCUCUGCAAAGAAGAUCAGCCAGCGACUUAACGGAGCGGAGCUUUUCCCUGACCAACCAGUGUCAUCUUGGGGUAACGUUACCACAAACGGUGAUGUCCCAGCUUAUUACACUGACAUACCUAAAAUAAUUUAUGCCUCAAGAACUCAUUCUCAGCUUACUCAGGUCAUCAGCGAAUUAAAGAGCACCGUUUACAGGCCAAAAGUAUGUGUGUUCGGUUCUAGAGAGCAGCUGUGCAUCCACCCUGAAGUUAAAAGACAAGAAAGUAACUAUUCACAGAUCCACUUGUGCCGUAUGAAAGUAACCACUCGCUCGUGCCAUUUCUAUAACAACGUGGAAGAGAAGAGUACUGAGAAGGACCUGCUCAGCUCUAUCUUGGAUAUUGAAGACCUUGUCCGAAACGGAAAUAAGCACAGAGUUUGCCCUUAUUAUCUCUCUCGACACCUGAAGCAGCAAGCAGACAUCAUUUUUAUGCCUUAUAAUUAUUUGUUGGAUCCAAAGAGCCGAAGAGCUCACAACUUAGACUUAAAGGGGACUGUAGUGAUACUUGACGAAGCUCACAAUGUGGAGAGGCUGUGUGAAGAGUUGGCGUCAUUUGACCUGACUCCGUAUGAUUUAGCUUCGGCUAUAGAUGCCAUCAACAUAGUCUUGGAAAAACAAGCCAAAGAAGUCCAGCAGAGUGAACUAAACUCUGAAUUCAAUGUGGAGUAUGCCAAUGCAGGGCUGAACAUGAACCUUGAAGACAUAGCAAAGAUAAAGAGGAUUCUUCUUGAAGUGGAAAAUGCUAUUGAUGCUGUGGAACUAUCACCAAGUGGAAAAGGGGUCACUAAAGAUGGAGGGUACAUAUAUGACUUGUUUGCCAAGGCUCAGAUCACAUUCCAAACCCAGCAUUCUCUCCUUGAGUCUCUGGAACAAAUUCUGCAAUACUUAACAGGCUGUCCUGGGAUAUUUAUCAACACUGCUGGAUUACAUAAAUUUGCAGACAUAAUCCAGAUGGUCUUUAACGUCACUUCAGAAGGAACUUCCAGCAUGUUACCAGGCUGCUCGGUGUCCAUGUAUUAUAAGGUGCACAUUCACCCAGACACGAGUAAUCAGAAAAAGAAGCAGAGGACAGACCUGUGGAAUUCAUCUGCAACUAAAAAACAAGGGAAAGUCCUGAGCUUCUGGUGUUUCAGCCCUGGCUACAGCAUGCACGAGUUGGUUCGUCAGGGAGUCCGGAACAUCAUUCUCACCAGCGGGACCCUUUCGCCCGUUUCUUCCUUUUCUCUGGAAAUGCAGAUACCUUUCCCAGUUUGUUUGGAAAACCCACACGUUAUUGACAAACACCAGAUCUGGGUGGGGAUAAUCCCGAGAGGACCGGACGGAGGCCUGCUGAGCUCCACUUACGAAAAAAGGUUUACAGACGAGUGUCUCUCUUCUCUUGGGAGAACAAUAGGUAACCUUGUGCGAAUCAUACCAAAUGGACUGCUUGUAUUCUUUCCUUCGUAUCCUGUCCUGGAUAAAAGCCUGGAAUACUGGAGAGAACAUGAUUUUGCUGGGAAAAUAGAAGCGGUGAAGCCAGUGUUUGUGGAACCGAGAAACAAGGGAACAUUCACAGAGGUCAUGGAUGCAUAUUACGAGAAGGCUGUCUGUCCGAAGUCCAACGGUGCUGUUUUCCUGGCAGUGUGCCGUGGGAAGGCCAGUGAAGGUCUGGACUUUGCUGAUAAGAAUGGACGAGGCGUCAUCAUCACUGGACUUCCUUUUCCUCCUCGCAUGGAUCCCAGGGUCAUGUUAAAGAUGCAGUUCUUGGAUGAAAUGAAGUGCAAAAAUGCCGAUCGUCAGGGCCUAUCUGGAAACACCUGGUACAAGCAGCAGGCUUCUCGUGCGGUGAAUCAAGCCAUCGGCAGAGUCAUCCGACAUAGGCAGGACUACGGCGCCAUCUUCCUCUGCGAUCACAGGUUCUCAAAUACGGAUGCAAGAGCCCAGCUGCCUUCCUGGGUCCGUCCUUAUGCCAAGACGUAUGAUAAUUUUGGGCACCUGGUCAGAGAAGUGUCUCAGUUCUUCCGCGUUGCACAGAAAAUUAUGCCCCCACCACCAUCCCGUGUUCCCUCUUGCACUGUCACGGGAGAGGAUGAGUCCACAUCUUCUGCUUCAGGUGCUGAGUUCCUUUCUGUGAUAAAAGCCAGCAAUUUGGAUGACCAUGUUCCGAGCCUGAAAAGGAGGAGGACGGAUAAUGGAGUGCCCCUCCUGUGUGUGGAGUACGAUCAGGGUCCAGCCUCCUCAAGAAAGCAGCCCGGGACCCUCCUGGAUGCGCUGGAGCACAAUGAGUGGAGCUGUGGAGCGGCAGCGAGGGAAGAGGACUUGCCAGGAGAAGAAAAGGCAAAACGCCUGUCAACUCUUUCCCUUCAGUAUGAGAAGAAAGUCGCAGAUGGACAGAAGGGAGGCAGGAAGAAAAUCAAGAUAGUCAACAAUCUGGCUAGUCAUGUAGCAGAGCCCCUCGAGCCCAAGAAAUCCAGAUCUGCGGCUUUCAUUGCAGUGGUGAAGCGGUCCCUCAGCCGGCUGAAUUUCGACAGGUUUUCACAGACUCUCCAGCGAUACACGAAAACAAACGACUUCGAUGCCCUGCUGUCCCAGAUGAGCGCCCUUUUUGCAGAAGACCCAGAAAAGCAUAUUCUGUUGAGAGAUUUUUACCAGUUUGUCCGGCCUCAGCACAAAAAGCAGUAUGACGAAGCUUGCCGCAGGCAGACCGGGGUGGGCUGUGGCUACAAACCUGAGCACAGCCUUGGACGAGAGGAGAGGCUGCAGCUAGCCAAGAACUCAGGAAAGGAUUGUGAGAAGAAAACCACCUUCUCAGAGGGUUCAUCUGGACACCUCGACUCUGAACAGCAUUUGAACAAAGGAGGAGCCCAUCUGACUUCUGGGUCCGAUGUCACAGGAGGGAACAGUUCCACUGCACUGAGCGACCCCUCCAGAAAAGCCUCCGGUUCUCUGAAGGAGAGCAACAAUGAGAUGAUCCGCUCAGUGUACCUUGGCGACAUCAGAACAGCUCUGGACAAAAGCAGCUUCAGCAGCUUCUUAUCGGCGGCAGCGGCCUACAAGAAGACGGACGACUAUGACGCCAUGGUUUCCGUGGUAGUGGCGCUCUUCACGGAGAAACCAGAAAACUUCCACCUGCUGCAGAGGUUCUCUAUGUUUGUGCGCCCCCAUCACAAGAAGCGAUUCAAGCAGCUGUGCCAAGACCUGACUGGAGUAAGUUGCUCUGAGGAUGGUGAGGAAUGUCUGUUGCCAGCUCCAGAGCAUCGCUUCUUCGGUUGUGGCGCCAAGCGAGCAGCCUUAAACCUCAUGAAAGGAAGGAAGAGCGCCCCCAAAGCACAAGUGAUCUUUCAGUGCUUCGUACAGACUCUCUACUGGGUUGCCAGGAAGUGCCCAGAAUGCCAAACUGAUGCCAAGAGAAGACAUUUAGCCGUGGCUUACUGGCCGGACCUCCAGUGA